GCGGAGGGGCUGCUCCCGAGGGGAGCUCGGUGGCCGUAAGAACGGAGGCCGGCUCCGCUCCCAGCUCCCGAUGCGCUCUAAGGGCUCGCGGUUCGCGGUGCCGCGGCGAUGGGCUGCUUUUAAUUCAAAAUCUCGUUCGGCUGGGUUCGGUUCUGGCUCGGUGCUGCCUUGCCGGCCCGGUGCGCGGUGAUGGGCCGUGGCCGCACGGAUGGAGGGAUGUGGCGGAACAGUUGGCGCCAUCUUUACUUGUCCCUUAGAAGUAAUAAAGACGAGGCUCCAGUCUUCAAAACUAGCCUUUCGGACUGUCUAUUACCCACAAGUCCAGCUUGGGACCAUCAGUGGUGAAGGAAUGGUCAGGCCAACAUCUGUUACACCUGGGCUCUGUAGUGUUCUUAAGUCGAUUCUGGAAAAAGAAGGACCAAGGUCACUCUUCCGAGGUCUGGGUCCAAACUUGGUUGGAGUUGCACCAUCGAGAGCUGUCUAUUUUGCAUGCUACUCCAAAGCCAAAGAGCGAUUUAAUGGCAUUUUUGUACCCAACAGCAACAUUGUGCACAUCUGUUCUGCAGGUUCUGCAGCCUUUAUCACAAAUUCCCUGAUGAAUCCUAUAUGGAUGGUGAAAACCAGAAUGCAGCUGGAACGAAAAGUCAGAGGUUCAUAACCAAUGAAUGCACUGCAGUGUGCCAGAUAUGUUUACCAGAUGGAAGGUAUCCGUGGUUUCUAUAGGGGCCUGACUGCCUCCUAUGCUGGGAUUUCUGAGACCAUUAUCUGCUUUGCUAUUUAUGAAAGUUUAAAAAAGCACUUAAAGGAAGUCCAGCUGCUCUCUUCUUCUCCUAAUGGAACCGAAAGGAGCUCCACAAACUUCUUUGGACUGAUGUUUGCUGCUGCUGUUUCCAAGGGCUGUGCCUCAUGUAUUGCUUAUCCACACGAGGUCAUACGGACACGACUGCGAGAAGAAGGCACGAAGUACAAGGCGUUCAUUCAGACAGCACGGCUGAUAGCACGUGAGGAAGGCUAUCUUGCCUUCUAUAGAGGACUUUUUGCCCAGCUUAUCCGGCAAAUACCAAACACAGCCAUUGUGUUGUCCACGUAUGAGUUAAUUGUGUAUCUGUUAGAAGACCGUGUAAAGUAGCAGAGCCAAGACUGCUGCUACUGACUGUAGACCAAUUUCUUCAUUGAACAAAUUGUCCUUAAUGACUGAUACAGGUUACAUUGUUGGUGGAAGAACUACAGGUCUGUGAUCACCUGCUGGAUGUUUUCCUUUUGGAUUCAUGCUUUCUGAAAGGUUUUGAGUUGUUAACAUUAAUAGUUAAUUAUAACUUUUUUUUUUUUUUUAACUUAAUGAUAAUUAAGCAGCUACUAAAUUAAAUUACACUAUUUAAUUUAAGUAUAUGUUUGUCCUUUUCCUUAAGCACAGCCAUUGUGGUCUAGGAAUGUACCUCAUACCAUCAAGUGGUCUCUUGGACUGAUGUUCAUUAAAACUGUAUUAAAACUGAAGAAUUGGCUUGGAAGUUUGAAACUUAGUCUUCCUACCACUACUGUCGUGUCAUUUUUUAGCACUACUUUCUACUGUGGAGCUGUUUUUUCUGUUGGAUUUUCCUUAUUUUUUGGUGCUAGGAACCUGGAAAGUAGAAGAGAGGAUAAGAUUGGUCUCAAAUGCUACAGACUGUGAAUGCAGUUCUGGAUUUCACGGCAUUCAAGAAUAAUUUAUUUCAUGUCUUUGUAGAGCAGCACUGCUAGUGGAACUGAGAACUGUUAUCUCUUGGUCAUGUCACUGGAGUUACCACCAAAAAACCCAUAAAGCCUGUGUAGAUAUUUUCUUUGUCAUCAUUUGAUUUCUUUAGAGAAUGAAAUAAGAAGGAUCUGCCGGUCUUGUGCAACAGUGCUCACAUUUCCCAUUAACACAAUAUCUGCCCACCCCCCCCCC